UCCGCUGGGAAGCAGCUGCAGCUGCAGGAGCGGAGCAGGAGCCGCGCAGCCGCCGCCGCCGCCGCCGGGGGAUGUGGCCAGCGCCUGCCCCGAGUCGCGCCGCCUCCUGAGGACCCGCCGCCGUCCCCGCCGUCGCCGCCGAGCCGUGCGGGGCCAGGCCGCGCCCUCCCCGGGCGCCCGCCGGCUCGCAUGCCGAGGGGCUCCGGGGCGUAGCUGCGCGCCCGGCGCCGCCUCCGGGCUCCUCCGGCCCCGCCAUGGGCUGCUGCAGCUCCGCCUCCUCCGCCGCGCAGAGCUCCAAACGAGAAUGGAAGCCUCUGGAGGACCGUAGCUGCACGGACAUUCCCUGGCUGCUGCUCUUCAUUCUCUUCUGCAUUGGGAUGGGAUUUAUUUGUGGCUUUUCAAUAGCAACAGGUGCAGCAGCAAGACUAGUAUCAGGAUAUGACAGCUAUGGAAAUAUUUGUGGGCAGAAAAAUGCAAAGUUGGAAGGAAUACCGAACAGUGGCAUGGACCAUACCCACCGGAAGUAUGUAUUCUUUUUGGAUCCAUGCAAUCUGGACUUGAUAAACCGGAAGAUCAAGUCUGUAGCCCUGUGUGUUGCGGCAUGCCCAAGACAAGAACUGAAAACCCUGAGCGAUGUUCAGAAGUUUGCAGAGACGAAUGGUUCAGCCCUAUGUAGCUAUAACCUAAAGCCUUCUGAAUAUACAACAUCUUCAAAAUCUUCUGUUCUUUGUCCCAAACUACCAGUUCCAGCGAGUGCACCUAUUCCAUUCUUCCAUCGCUGUGCUCCUGUGAACAUUUCCUGCUAUGCCAAGUUUGCAGAGGCCCUGAUCACCUUUGUCAGUGACAAUAGUGUCUUACACAGGCUGAUUAGUGGAGUAAUGACCAGCAAAGAAAUUAUAUUGGGACUUUGCUUGUUAUCACUAGUUCUGUCCAUGAUCUUGAUGGUGAUAAUCAGGUAUAUAUCGAGAGUACUUGUGUGGAUCUUAACAGUUCUGGUCAUACUGGGUUCCCUUGGUGGCACAGGUGUACUUUGGUGGCUUUAUGCAAAGCAAAGAAGGUCUCCCAAAGAAACGGUUAUCCCUGAACAGCUUCAGAUAGCCGAAGACAAUCUGCGGGCACUCCUCAUCUAUGCCAUCUCCGCCACGGUGUUCACGGUGAUCUUGUUCCUGAUAAUGCUGAUUAUGCGCAAACGUGUCGCUCUGACCAUCGCCUUGUUCCAUGUGGCCGGCAAGGUCUUCAUUCACUUGCCGCUGCUCGUCUUCCAGCCCUUUUGGACUUUCUUUGCUCUAGUCUUGUUUUGGGUGUACUGGAUCAUGACACUUCUUUUUCUUGGCACUGCCGGCAGUGCUGUUCAGAAUGACCAAGGCUUUGUGGAGUUCAGAAUCUCUGGGCCCCUGCAGUACAUGUGGUGGUACCAUGUGGUGGGCCUGAUUUGGAUCAGCGAGUUUAUUCUGGCGUGUCAGCAGAUGACUGUGGCAGGAGCUGUGGUAACAUACUAUUUUACUAGGGAUAAAAGGAAUUUGCCAUUUACACCUAUUUUGGCAUCAGUGAAUCGCCUUAUUCGUUACCACCUUGGUACGGUGGCAAAAGGAUCUUUCAUUAUCACGUUAGUCAAAAUUCCACGAAUGAUCCUUAUGUAUAUUCACAGUCAGCUCAAAGGAAAGGAAAAUGCUUGUGCACGAUGUGUGCUGAAAUCUUGCAUUUGUUGCCUUUGGUGUCUUGAAAAGUGCCUAAAUUACUUAAAUCAGAAUGCAUACACAGCCACAGCUAUCAACAGCACCAACUUCUGCACCUCAGCGAAGGAUGCCUUUGUCAUUCUUGUGGAGAAUGCUUUGCGGGUGGCUGCCAUCAACACCGUGGGGGAUUUCAUGUUAUUCCUAGGCAAGGUGCUGAUUGUCUGCAGCACAGGCUUGGCUGGGAUUAUGCUGCUCAACUACCAGCAGGAUUACACAGUAUGGGUGCUGCCUCUGAUCAUCGUCUGCCUCUUUGCUUUCCUAGUCGCUCAUUGCUUCCUGUCCAUUUAUGAAAUGGUAGUGGAUGUAUUAUUCUUGUGUUUUGCCAUUGAUACAAAAUACAAUGACGGGAGCCCUGGCAGAGAAUUCUAUAUGGAUAAAGUGCUUAUGGAAUUUGUGGAGAAUAGUAGGAAAGCAAUGAAAGAAGCUGGUAAGGGAGGCGCUGCUGAUGCCAGAGAGCUAAAGCCGAUGGCUUCUGGAGCAAGUUCUGCUUGAACCUAGCCGACGGUCAUGGAACCCAUUGACAUUCCAAAACAAUAUAUACACAUAACUAUGUAUUUGUGUGUGUGGGUGUGUGUAUAUAUGUAUAUGUAUGUGUGUAUAUAUAGGUAUAUGUAUAUACACACACACACAUAAUCAGCCAAAAUCAGAGAAAAGGAACAGGGAUUUAAUACCUUUUUUAUGCUUAUUUUUGUCAAACAUGUACUCCUUUCAUACGGGUGGCUUUUACAAGGCAACUUCCGUCAUUUACUGUUUUCAAUUGUAAUUGUCUUAAUGGAUAUGUUAAGAUUCAUAUCUGAUUAACAUUUUUAAUAACUUAGAGGAGAUUUUAACUUUAGUUAUUUAAAUCAGCUAAAAUUAUUGUACCAAAUUCUCUGUCUAAAGUUUAUUCAGGGGUGAUUUCCCUGAUGUAUGUGUAAAAUCAAGAACUUAUUUUACUGAUGCAUGUGCCCUGGAGGGUCAAGACUGGGCAUAUGUUUUCAGAUAAAUAAGGAAUUGCCCUGAUCAGUUUCCCCCAAUCAAAGAAGCCAUGUCAUUUUAUUUUUAGAAACAUACAAGUGGGCCCAAUAUGGGAAUUUUCAUAGUAGCUCAUACAUUUGUCAGCCAACAUUAAAAGGUAACCAACUCCUCAGGUAUUUGUAGUUUACCCUAAUGCUUCUUUAAAAGAAAGUAGGUAAAAAAAAAGAAAAGGGUAGAUAAUCUUUCUUAUGCAAACUUUUGUCUUGUAUUUUUGUCUUUCUUUCCUUUUUGACGUCCGUAGCAUCCUCCACACGUUUGUGUGCCUGAUUUUGAAAGGAGGCUGGGGCACCCAGCAAGUUUACCCUUUAUUUCUGUAUCUUGGUUUGCAGAUUAAGUAAUGCUAGGAGGAAUAAAGAAGGGACAAAAACAUGGAAUGUAAAGCUUUGAAAAUUCCAUAAAGCUUUGAAAAUUCCGGUGCUUGGGCUUCUGCUUCAAAGGAAUGUCAGUGGCUUGGGGUUAAAUGGUCAUUUUAUUUAAAUGCUUGCUAUAAAAUCUGAAAACACACUGGCAGGUGCUCCUCUCCUUGGCAAUUCAUUGAGUCUCCAGAGUUCUACAAUGUUUAACUGAAGAAUUGGUUAACGUUUUAAUCCUCCAGUGUGAAUGUUCUUUUUCUUUGGGGGCGGGUUUGGGGUUGUUUUAUUUUGUUUUGUUUUUUGCUUUAUUCCUGAAGCUUACCAGAUAUGAAUGGCUAAUAUUCCAUUGUUCUGCUUAUUGUAAUGGUGAAUGCUUUAAGAAAAAAAGUGUAAUUUGCUAAGAAUAAUUCAUGAUCUGUUUAUGCGAUAACUCCUUUUUGUUACAAUUUUUUUAAAAAAGGCUAUUUUUGUUAAUGUAAAGUAAAUAUUUCAGAGCAAAUUUUUUAAACUAAUUGCACUAAAUACAGGCUCUGUACAGAAAAAAAAAAAAAAAGCCUCAGCAUUUUAUCAUUCCAUGGAAGGAGAAUCUUUUGAAAGAAAGCAUUGACUCCUACCAGAAUUAGGCAGUGAAUUAGACCAGUAUUAUGGAAAUGCAUAUAAUUAAUGUCACUAGGGCUUAAUAAGCAGCUGUUUGCUAAUGUGCUUUCUUUCAAAGGGUUGGACCUUUAAAUUGCUGCAAAAGGUAAAUUGUAUUUUUUUUUUUAAUAUUGGUGUUCUUUAGCUAGGCUAAAAUUUGCUAAAUGCCUUGAUUUCUUUUCAAAGUUCAUGUAAUAUUUCUGAUUUUUCAGAAUAUUUGCAAUAAGAGUCUGGAUUUAAAAAAAACAAAACACAAUUAAGAGCUCAUGUCUUAGCAAGAUCUGGGAAACCAACGUUGUGAGAGUAGCUAUUUUGAAAUAAUAAUUCUCCAGAAGUUAACAUCUAACAUCUAGUGUCGCCAAACAGUAUCAUUGUACUCUUUUAUAUCAUUUGAAAUGGAAUAAACGUAAUUAUGUGACUAACAAUUGUCCAAAUAGGUGAGAGAGCAAAUCAUGUAAGAAAAUUCAGAAUACCAUCUGUUUCGUAGCCCACACAGACAUUGGACAUUCAAAAACACUGAGAACUAAAUUUAGAAUUGGCAGAAAGUCUAGAAGAUGGGUAUCAGAGCAGAAGACAUUCCAGGAGCUAGCUAUUUUUAGAUGUCCUUCCAAAGUGACCUGAUGGAAGUCUUGAACUUGGAAAUUAGGUUCUACUCACUUGGACAUCCCUGCAUCAUGGACUCUAGCUGCUCCCUGUUCCAUAUGCUCGUAAUCUCAGCUACUUGGAAGCCACCAGGAAUGCUUUCUAAUUAUCAUUUGCAACUAGAACUGUAAUCAGAAAGAAAUUUUGUAUUUUUGUAUAACUUGAUUGUGUGCCAUUUUAUAUAUAACAGGUCCUGUUUUACAAAUAAAUUUUGUUUUACUAA